AUGACAGAGGGGCGACGAUGUCAGGUUCACCUUCUGGACGACCGGAAGCUGGAGCUGCUUGUUCAGCCCAAGCUGAUGGCCAAGGACUUACUGGACCUGGUGGCCUCGCAUUUCAACCUCAAGGAGAAGGAGUACUUUGGCAUCGCCUACGUAGACGAGACGAGUCACUUCAGCUGGCUGCAGUUGGACCGGAGGGUUUUAGAACACGAGUUUCCAAAGAAGUCUGGUCCCAUUGUCCUAUACUUCUGCGUCAGCACCCCUCACCCCUCCAUCAGCGCAACAGACCACUACUCAUAUCUGGAGCGCACAAAGGGCCGCGCGGAAAGGCCAGCUUUAUCAAACGCUGAAAUUGGAUAG